AUGUUUACAGUCAAUGGCCACUAUGAUGGCAGUGAUGUGUAUGCCUCCUCCUCCUCCUCCUCGCCCAAGCCUAUUCUUCUCAACAGCCCCACACUAGGCACAUCCAUUCUCCAGCACCAGCAGCAGCAGCGCUUUGAUUCUAAAAAGACAGUAGACAACCUCAAAAUCACCCAUGAAACCACAGAGCCACCAUCAACAUCUCAAACAAAUAUGGACGAUUUUGAAAUCAAACAGCCAAUAGGCUAUGGAUCAUCUGCUAUGGUUUAUAGCGCAGUGUAUAUACCUCACAACAAACGAGUAGCCAUCAAAAUGAUUGAUUUGGACAUGUUUGAGAGAAACCAAAUUGAUGAACUGAGGAGAGAAACAGCUUUAAUGGCACUAUCCAAACAUCCACAUGUGUUACGAGUGUACGGAUCAUUUGUUCACGGAUCGAAGCUAUACAUUGUCACUCCUUAUAUGGCAGUGGGAUCCUGUCUCGAUAUCAUGAAAUUGAGUUUCCCGGACGGCCUAGACGAGAUUAGCAUUGCUACUAUUCUAAAACAAGCAUUGGAAGGACUAGCUUAUUUGCAUAAAAAUGGCCAUAUUCACAGAGACGUAAAGGCAGGCAACCUGUUGAUGGAUGAGGAUGGGUCUGUUCUAUUGGCGGAUUUCGGUGUGUCUAGCUCGUUGAUGGAGACAGGCGAACGAGGUGUGCGAAAGACAUUUGUGGGCACACCUUGUUGGAUGGCUCCCGAGGUCAUGGAGCAGGCAGACUACGAUUACAAGGCGGAUAUAUGGAGCUUUGGUAUCACUGCGAUUGAGCUGGCUACAGGUCAUGCUCCCUUUGCUAAACAUCCGCCACUCAAAGUGCUGAUGAUGACGCUAAAUAAUGAUCCUCCUACUCUGUCUCGUGAGACGACCACCAACAAAUUCUCACGUACAUUCAAAAACAUGAUAGACGCCUGCAUGAACAAGGAUCCUUCCAAAAGACCCUCCUCUGAAAAGCUCUUGUUGCAUCCCUUUUUCAAACAAGCCAAGAAACCAGAGUGGCUGGCCAAAAACCUCAUUGCGGAUAUACCGCCUAUUGAAAGCAGACCCAUCAAAAAGUUCCCUCAGAAACAAGUAGCUUCUUCCAACACGGACGAAUGGGAUUUCAACGACGAAGCAGCGGCACUAUCAACACAUACACAUCAACAGAUACCUGGAUUGAAUCCUCCCAAGAGACACAUUUCAUUUGGUCAUGUUGUCGUCAGAAAGCCAUCCUCCACAUCGCAACACCAUGCUUCAGAAUCAUGGUCCUACUCACCUUCUCAUUUUGCAAUCGACACAACACCAGCACUACCCAUCACGGGUCAUUCACCGCCUCCACCGAGAAAAGGAAGAGCACUCAGUGAUGACUUUUUGAUCGAAGCAUCUAGGAUUGCCAAUAGCAAACAUGACACUCAUGUUACAGAUGAGCCCACCAAACAACAUCGAAGCAAUAGCAGCAGUAGCAGAUUCAACUUGAGCCGUGGUAGAGCCAGACAUGGCAGCCUACAUGAAAGAACGCCUACUGUCACCUUUUCGGAGGAAACGAGCAAGCCCAACGGUAAACUUUUGUACCGCACCAUCAGCCAUGAAGACAACAUGAACAGAAAAUCGAGGUUCAGCCCACAGCCGCCAUCAUCGCCUCCUCCUCAUCCACAUUUACAAGCUCUGCCAUUAUCGCGCAACAACUCCAACAUGUCUGCUGCUGCUGCGGGGACAUCUGUGCUGCUGACAAGAGAAAACAGCGAGUCCAGAAAGAUUGGUAGGUUUGAAUUGACGAGCAACAGCGAGACAACAUCCAGACAACAAAGCUACAUUGAGGGAAGUCGCGAGACGAUAUCACCUUAUUCCACUACACAUUCCAGCAGUUCCUCAUCUUUACCAAGAGGUCAGCAGCAGAAAUCCAUACCUACUGUCUAUAAUCAGCUGAAUGAGCUACUACGACAAAAUGAUUCUCAAAAGCAACUAUUGACAGAGCUGUUUAGCAUGUUUGAGCUACCCAAAGGCGGUGGUGUGACAGAGCAGAGCAAGAGUCAGCAAGAGCUGGCGUCUACCAUUGAAUCACUAGAACAGCAACUGCAAGCAUUUCAACGAGAGAACCUAUUGUUACAGCGAGAGAACGAGACGAUGCGCAGGCAGCUGGACCAGCUCAAGAAUCACUGA